AUGAACGAGACUGUAGAAUGUACCUUUGAGCUAGAUGAACAGUCAUCAAUAGCUUCGAGUACCAACUUCGAUGAUGGGUUAGACUGUAGCUUCGACGGCAACUCGACGCCUGCUUCGACAGUAGCCACAAUCAAGCCAGCACAUGGCCAGUCUGCAGCACCGCCUCCCUCGACAUCGACCGCCCGAAAGGUCUUCCCAUCCAUGCUGAAGACGAUCAAGUGCACUUUUGCAGGAUGUGACAAGACCUUCAAUAGACCUGCUCGCCUGGCCGCCCAUCUACGCACACACACUGGCGACCGGGCGCUUAGAUGUCCGCACGAUGGCUGUGACAAGGCCUACUUUGAUGAGAAGCACCUGCAGCAACACAUUAAGGGGUCACACUCGACCGAGAGGCAGUAUGCAUGUCCCGAGCCGGGCUGUGACAAGACUUUUCUGACUGGAACCCGCCUCCGCCGUCACGCCAUCGUACAUUCCGGCGAGGGCCGCUUUCGUUGCACAGGCUAUGAUGGCUGUGACAAGGUCUUCCGCAAGCACCAGACACUUCAGCGACAUGUGCGUGCCGACCACCUGGGUCAAUCCGCGUUUGUUUGCACCCAUGAUAAUUGCGACGUCGGCUUCGACACGGCAAACGCACUACGGAAGCACGUGCAACGGGAGCAUGGCGAGCUGCGCUUCUGGUGUGAGGAAUGCGGCAAGGAAGAUGGAGACGCGGGAAGGCGGACCGGGUUCACGACUAUGGGCUUACUGAACGCGCAUAUGCGUACAUGCCACAUCGAUUGUAUGUUUUGCGAAACCACAUGUGCCAGUCAGUGGGAGCUGGAGCGACAUAUCGAAAUGCAUCACUCGGGAUCCACGACUUCGGACCGCAAAACUGUUCCUUGCACGUGGGAGAACUGUGACAAGAAAUUCACACGCAAGGCGAAUCUUAACGUGCAUAUCAGGAUGGUGCAUGAGGGCUACCGCUUCGUCUGCGGAGACUUUGAUCUCUCUGAGGUUUCCGAUCUGGCCUCAUGGGAUCGAGUUGGAGAUGGAUGCGGCAACGGUUUUGCCAGCAAGAGGAAGCUUGAAGACCACGUGCGCGUGGCGCACCUGGGCAUGCAAAAGCCUGCAAGAACCGUACGCCUCAACUAUGAGAGCCCCGUUAAGUCGGCCGGUCUCUUCAACAUGUACGCGUCUGCUGAGCAGCUUAUACCUCAGCCUGAAGCUUUUUUGAACACUAUUCGGCCUGGACCGGACUUGCGCCCUCAGUUUCCAUGCGAGUUCCCAGUCUGUUCACAAGGGUUUGGAACGGCAGAAGAGCGUGAUGCCCAUGCUGUCGCGUUCCACCUGGGUCAAGAUCGUUCCCAGGAAAUAUCUACUGCUGACGCACAGUGGAACGAUUGGACUUCAGUGGUUGAUUACCAUAAUUCAGCUGAGCCGACAAGUGGUGAUGCGGCAGUUGACUCAAUAUUCGACUGCCACGGAUCUGAGCCGUCAAAUAUUUUGGACACAAGCUCUGGUAACAUCGAUCAUGGUUUAGAAGCUCUGGUUGAUCCUAGUCUCUUCCUUGGCUGA